AAGCCAGGAGGCGGGAGGCCGGCGAGGUGCCAUGGAGGAAUCCGAGCGACGGCGGAGGCACCGGAAGCGCAGCCCACGGGGAAGCCCCCCGGAGGCCGACAGGUCGCAGUCCAGGAGGAGGCGCCGGUCCUCGGGCAAAAGGAGCAGGUCGCCGCCGCCCCGGGAAAGGCGGAGCCGGAGUCCCCGCCGCGCGGGCACCAGGAUAAAGCAGGAGCGAGAGGAUCACUCCCGGAGGGGGCGUGAAGAGCGGCAGAAUCAAGACCGAUCAGAGCUUGAACAGAGGCAGAGAAAAAGCAGCAACAGAGAGAGACACCGGGAUCAUUCAAGUCGAAGGAAGCUCAGUAAGGAUCUGACUGAGAGCCGUGUUAGGGAACAGGACACCCAUCGUCUCCUGGAUCAGCAGGCAGAAAGGGAAUUCUAUAACGAGCGUCGGCAGUAUCGUCGGCAGCAAAUGGAAGCAAGUGGAGACGAAAAUAGUGAGGCAAGAGGGCCCAGCAACAAGAACACGGACAAGGAGUCAAGUAGUAAGGAAAAACCAAGCUUUGAACUCUCUGGUGCUCUUUUGGAGGAUUCCAAUACUUUUCGUGGUGUCGUGAUCAAGUACACCGAACCCCCAGAAGCACGCAUUCCCAAAAAGCGAUGGCGUCUAUAUCCUUUCAAGAAUGAUGAAGUUCUUCCCGUUAUGUACAUUCACCGGCAGAGUGCUUAUCUGCUGGGGAGGCACCGACGCAUUGCUGAUAUCCCUAUUGACCAUCCCUCGUGCUCUAAACAACAUGCUGUCUUUCAAUAUCGGCUCGUGGAGUACACCCGUCCUGAUGGCACAGCGGGUCGGAAAGUAAAACCAUACAUCAUUGACCUUGGCUCAGGCAAUGGCACUUUUCUGAAUAACCAGCGCAUCGAACCUCAGCGCUAUUAUGAACUAAAAGAGAAGGAUGUGCUGAAAUUUGGGUUCAGCAGCAGGGAAUACGUCCUCCUCCAUGAGUCCUCGGAUGCCACAGAGGAGGAGCAGAAGACGGAGGAGGAGGAGGAGGAGGAGGAAUCCGCCUGACAACGGGAGCAGACUCAGAUGCUUCCCAUGGCCAUUGGAGGCUUGCUCUGAGUGCCUCCCGCUGCCUCAACAUCUGCUGUCUUUGGCUGGACACUCCUCAGAUGGACAUUGAUGGUUGUGGUAAUCAGCUGGUAAACCCAAUUUUUGCUUUUGGGGUGAUUUUUUUAAAGUCAAGCCUGUUUGAUGCCUCAGUGGCACAACAGUUUUUUCCAGUGCAUGUUUCAUGGCAAAAUAAAACCUGAAGUAGUAAACCAUUCUGAACAAGCAAGGCCAUUUACAAA